CCCCGUUUCCCGCACCUCGCGCCUCCGCCCGCUUGGUCCCGCAGCCUUGCCGCCGCGCCGCUGAGUCGGACUUCCUGGGUACGGGCUUGUGCAGAGCCGGGUGGGGAGGCUGGACUUUGCAGUGGAAGCAGCAUCCCUGCCGCCUGGGACUUGGCGGAGGGCGUCCUCACUCAGGGGUGGGCAGAGGACCCGCCCUGACCUAGCCUGGCCCGGUCUAGUCCUGCCGGGCCUGACCGCCCCACCCAGGAGCCUGCUCUGAGGCAGGGGCCACUGGGGUCCCAGAGCGCAGCCGCCAUGGACAAGAUCCUGGAGGCGGUGGUGACGUCGUCGUACCCGGCGAGCGUGAAGCAGGGUCUGGUGCGGCGCGUGCUGGAGGCGGCGCGGCAGCCGCUGGAGCGGGAGCAGUGCCUGGCACUGCUGGCGCUGGGCACGCGCCUCUAUGUGGGCGGCGCCGACGAGCUGCCGCGCCGCGUGGGCUGCCAGCUGCUGCACGUGGCCGGCCGCCAUCACCCAGACGUCUUCGCCGAGUUCUUCAGCGCACGCCGCGUGCUGCGCCUGCUGCAGGGGGGCGCCGGCCCCCCGGGCGCCCGUGCGCUCGCCUGCGUGCAGCUCGGCCUGCAGCUGCUGCCCGAGGGGCCCGGGGCCGACGAGGUGCUGGCGGUGCUGCGGCGCGAGGUGCUGCGCACCGUGUGCGAGCGCCCCGGGCCCGCGGCCUGCGCGCAGGUGGCACGGCUGCUGGCGCGGCACCCGCGCUGUGUCCCCGACGGCCCGCACCGCCUGCUCUUCUGCCAGCAGCUGGUGCGCUGCCUCGGCCGCUUCCGCUGCCCGGCGGAGGGCGAGGAGGGCGCCGUGGAGUUCCUGGAGCAGGCCCAGCAGGUGAGCGGGCUCCUGGCGCAGCUGUGGCGCGCGCAGCCCGCCGCCAUCUUGCCCUGCCUCAAGGAGCUGUUCGCGGUCAUAUCCUGCACAGAGGAAGAGCCGCCGUCAAGCGCCCUGGCCAGCGUGGUCCAACACCUCCCAUUGGAGCUCAUGGAUGGCGUCGUCCGGAACCUCAGCAAUGAUGACAGUGUGAUGGACUCCCAGAUGCUGACUGCCAUCAGCAGGAUGAUCGACUGGGUAUCCUGGCCCCUGGGGAAGAACAUUGACAAGUGGAUCAUUGCACUGCUGAAGGGCCUGGCCGCUGUUAAGAAGUUCAGCAUCUUGAUCGAGGUUUCACUCGCCAAAAUUGAGAAGGUUUUCUCCAAGCUUCUGUACCCCAUUGUCCGGGGAGCCGCCCUGUCUGUCCUCAAGUACAUGCUGCUGACCUUCCAGCACUCGCAUGAGGCCUUCCACCUGCUCCUCCCUCACAUCCCCCCCAUGGUGGCCUCUCUGGUCAAGGAGGACUCCAACUCAGGGACCAGCUGCCUGGAGCAGCUGGCGGAGCUGGUCCACUGCAUGGUCUUCAGGUUCCCGGGCUUCCCGGACCUGUACGAGCCCGUCAUGGAGGCCAUCAAGGACCUCCAUGUUCCCAACGAGGACCGUAUCAAGCAGCUGCUGGGGCAGGAUGCCUGGACUUCUCAGAAGAGCGAGCUGGCUGGCUUCUACCCCCGGCUCAUGGCCAAGUCAGACACGGGCAAGAUUGGCUUAAUCAAUCUGGGCAACACGUGCUACGUGAACAGCAUCCUUCAGGCCUUAUUCAUGGCUUCCGACUUCAGACACUGUGUGCUCCGUUUGACUGAGAACAACUCACAGCCCUUGAUGACCAAGCUGCAGUGGCUCUUUGCCUUCCUGGAGCAUAGCCAGCGGCCUGCCAUUUCUCCUGAGAACUUCCUCUCUGCAUCCUGGACACCCUGGUUCAGCCCCGGCACGCAACAGGACUGCUCAGAGUACCUGAAAUACCUGCUGGAUCGGCUGCAUGAAGAGGAGAAAACGGGGACAAGGAUCUACCAGAAGCUCAUGCAGUCCAGCUCACCCUCCCCGCCCGAGGAGCCUCCUAGCCCAAGUUCAACCUCUGUGGAGAAGAUGUUUGGAGGCAAGAUCGUGACUCGGAUAUGCUGUCUCCGCUGCCUCAAUGUCUCCUCCAGGGAGGAGGCCUUCACGGACCUCUCUCUUGCCUUUCCACCCCCUGAGCGCUGUCGCCGCCGCCGCCUGGGCUCAGUGAUGUUCCCUGCAGAGGACUUCGGAGCCCGGGACCCCCCACUGCCAUCCCGAGCCCAGGUUCCAAGCAGGGCGGGUCCUCGGAGGCAGAGGAAACACUGCAUCACAGGGGACGCCCCCCCCACCGUCCUGGACAUUGAAGGCCUGGGCCCCCAGGGACCCCAGGGGCAGAGCAGUCAGGAGAAGGUGGAGAAGGAGGAGAGAGCAGAGGAGAAGGAGGAAAGAGCAGAGGAGGAGGAGGGGAGAGCAGAGGAGGAGGAGGAGAGAGCAGGAAAGGAGGAGAGAGCAGAGGAGACGGAGGAGAGAGCAGGGAAGGAGGAGAGAGCAGAGGAGAAGGAGGAAAGAGCAGAGGAGGAGGAGGAGAGAGCAGGGAAGGAGGAGAGAGCAGAGGAGAAGGAGGAGAGAGCAGAGGAGGAGGAGGAGAGAGCAGGGAAGGAGGAGAGAGCAGGGAAGGAGGAGAGAGUAGAGGAGGAGCAGGAGAGAGCAGAGGAGGAGGAGAAGAGAGCGGAGGAGGAGGAGGAGGAGAAAGAGAAAGAGCAAGAGGUGGAGAAGGAGGCCGAGAAGGUGGAGGGGGAGGCCGAGAAGGUGGAGAAGGAAGAGGACAGCCUGGGACCAGGGACCCACAGGGCUGCUGCCGCAUCCCCUGGGGAGGGCUCCCGCUCCGUCCUGGACCUGGUCAACUACUUCCUGUCCCCUGAGAGGCUGACAGCAGAGAACCGCUACUACUGUGAGUCGUGUGCCUCACUGCAGGACGCCGAAAAGGUGGUGGAGCUGGGCCAGGGGCCGCGCUACCUCAUCCUGACUCUGCUGCGCUUCUCCUUCGACCUGCGUACCAUGCGGCGCCGCAAGAUCCUGGACGACGUCUCCAUACCCCUGCUGCUCCGUCUGCCACUGGCGGGGGGCCGCGGUCAGGCCUACGACCUCUGCAGCGUCGUGGUGCACUCCGGAGUGUCCUCGGAGAGCGGUCACUACUACUGCUAUGCCCGUGAGGGUGCUGCCCGCCCAGUCCCUUCUCUGGGCACUGCCGAUAGGCCCGAGCCCGAGAACCAGUGGUAUCUGUUCAAUGACACUCGGGUGUCCUUCUCCUCCUUCGAGUCUGUCAGCAACGUCACUUCCUUCUUCCCCAAGGACACGGCUUACGUGCUCUUUUACCGGCAGCGGCCCGGGGAGGGGCCUGAGGCUGUGCCAGGCUCUCCCAGAGUCCGGACAGAGCCCACCCUCCACAAAGACUUGAUGGAAGCCAUUUCCAAAGACAACAUCCUUUACCUGCAGGAGCAGGAGAAGGAGGCACGGAGCAGGGCAGCCUACAUCUCUGCACUCCCCUCAUCUCCGCGCUGGGGGAGGGGCUUUGAUGAAGACAAGGAUGAGGACGAAGGCUCUCCGGGGGGCUGCAACCCUGCAGGUGGCAAUGGUGGUGACUUCCACAGAUUGGUCUUCUAAUGUGAAUCCUCCCUCAGCCUGCUCCUACCUGUGUGAGCACCACAGCAACCUCAGGGGAGGCCUUGACCCCUUCCUUCUGGGAGCAGGGUGGGGGCCCAGGUCCUAGGCAGAGGUGCUCUGCCAGGUGGGGUCUGAGGGAGGCUGUGGAGGCCAGUCCAGUCCUGAAGGCAGGCCCUUCCAAGGUCAAGAAAGAUGGAGAGGGAGCUUCUGGGAUGCCGCUCCUCAGCCUGAAGGGUACACGGAGACUCAGAUAUAGAGGUGAGACCCAAGCCCCUUAAACUGGGCCUCUGGCCCUGACACUGGGAUGAGCCCCAUUAAGAUUUUACACCCAAGUGUCCUGGUCAACUUGAAGCAGCUUAGAUGGACCACUCUGGGCCUUGUCUCCCUCCAUCCCCCCAGCAGGCUCCCUAACAGAGCUGAAGAAGUCACAGCUGUAGUGUUUUGCCAUCAAGUAGCAUUUCCCUUUUGGCUCCUUGCAGACAAUCCUGUUGCUCUGUACUAUAAAAAGAGCAGGCUCCAAGUCCUUGCACAAAGGAGGAGGCAGUGUGUCACACCUCUGGCUGCCUUCUUGUUUCUCUGAGGGGGUUUCAGAGGCGACGUAUGUGGGUGCCUGCAACGUUUGUGGUUUUUUUGAGAGGAUUGUAGGUGGGAAGCAGCCUGGCACAGGAUCAGAGACUGUCCC